GUUGAGGGCUGGGAGGUGCCUGCCAGCCGGUGGUGCAGGAUUGUUCCAUCGUGAGUGGUGGGCUACCUUGUGAUUAUGGAGGCAAUGUUGGUGGAGGGGCUUGAUAAUGAGGAGGAGCAGCUGGUGAGAAGGCAUCGCAAAGAGAAAAAGGAGUUGCAAGCCAAAAUUCAAGGUAUGAAGAAUGCUGUUCCCAAGAAUGACAAAAAGAGGAGGAAGCAACUCACUGAUGAUGUUGCUAAGUUGGAAGCAGAAAUGGAAAAGAAACAGAGAGAGGAACUGGAGCAAUUGAAGCUGACUUCUAAGCAGAGUAAAAUAGAGUCUGUUGCUGUUAACAUUUCAAACUUGGUUCUUGAGAAUCAGCUGCCUCGGAUAUCAAAAGCACAAAAGAGACGGGACAAAAAAGCUGCAUUAGAAAAGGAGCGGAAAGAAAGGAUAGCUGAAGCUGAAAUUGAGAACCUAUCUGGAGCUAGACAUGUAGAAAGUGAAAAACUUGCUGAAAUAUUGGCAGCUAGACAGUUGGAAAUUAAACAGAUUCCAUCUGAUGGCCACUGUAUGUAUAGAGCCAUUGAAGAUCAACUGAAAGAACAGGAAUGCCCUCUGACUGUGGCUGCCUUAAGAAGUCAGACUGCUGAAUAUAUGCAAAGCCAUGUGGAAGAAUUUCUGCCAUUUUUAACAAACCCUAAAACAGGAGAUAUGUAUACUUCAGAAGAGUUUGGAAAGUACUGUGAUGAUAUUAUAAACACAGCUGCAUGGGGAGGUCAGCUUGAGCUAAGAGCCCUGUCUCAUAUUUUACAAACACCGAUAGAGAUAAUACAGGCAGAUUCUCCUCCUAUUGUAGUUGGCGAAGAAUAUCCCCAAAAACCAUUAAUACUUGUAUAUAUGAGACAUGCAUAUGGUUUAGGAGAACAUUACAAUUCUGUUACAUGGUUGGUGAACAGAGCUACUGAAAAUUGCAGCUAGUUUACAAAAUGUUGCACAACUAUGUUUUAGUACAGAAUGCCGAUAUGAGUAUUCAUACCAAGUGCUGGAUUGUUCUAAAUGUUACUGAAAAACACAGCUAUUUUAAUCAGGUUUUAUAGCAAAGCUGCUAACAGGCUUUUAAAAAAAUAUGUCAGAGAUAAACUUUAACCAGUGUCCCCUAAGUG